AUGUCUCUGCCGACGACCGAAUUCCUCUUCUUCAAGGCCUCUGAUGCGUUCAAGGCCGACCCCGAGGGCACGACUAAGGGGGUGUUCGACAUCGUGUUGAAGAAAGCGGGAAGCCAAAGCCCUGCGUUUGUGGGUGCACAGAUCGACGAGAGCGAGACGCGCAAGGCCGAGGGCCUGACGUACAACUUGGGAUACGUCUUCCUCCACUGGGACACAUGGCAGCACCACCAGGACAUCAUCGAGGCGCCCGACUACCCCAACGUCCUCAACGCCCUCGUUCCCGCCGUCGCCGGGGGCGACCCUGCGAAGGCGGGCGCGACGAUGUACCAUCUCGAGAACUGGAACAGCUCGCCCCAGCCCGCUUUGAAAGACUCCAAAACCACCGAGGUGCUAAUCAUCGAGCUCAAGGCCCCCGAGCACCGCGCGCGCGUCGAGGAGAUCCUGCAGGCGCUGUCGGACGGGACGAAGGGCCUGCUGGUGUUCUCGAAGGCGAAGGAGGCGCCGGAGACGUAUGUUGUUGUCGCGGGCUGGGAUAGCCCUCAGCAUCACUGGGACACGAUCAAGGCGCCUGAGAUCGACGCGGCGCUGAAGGAGCUGUAUAGCCUGGCACCCAAGCAGAACGGACACAUCUUCCACACCGAGCUGAAGCAGGUUUCCUGA